UUCGGAACAACUGGCCGCCGACGGACGUAGACGGAGCAGCGAUAGAAAAAUAAAGCAUGGAUCCAAUUGCACAGCAGGCAGUAGAAGCUACGCAAACAAACUGUGAUUCCGACUAUAUAGAAAAAGCUCUGGCACGCGCGUAUAAAAGCGUAAAUUUGCGUAUAGAAAGCUUUCACAGCGAGGCAGUUAGUCAGCGCGGCGAAAACUUUUGUAGCGUCAUCUAUCGGAUAAAAGUAGCAUAUCGCAAGAGCGAAAAUGCGCCGCUAGAGCAGGGAAAUUAUAUACUUAAGGACCUGCUGCCCAUUGUGGCCGAGGUGGGCUCCAAUGAGAAAUUCAUGUUCGAGCAGAUACUGCCCGCCAUGGCGCAGUUAUUGGAGAAGACUUCGCUGCAGGAGCGCAAGUUAAGUGCUGAUUGCCUCUUUGCGGAGCGUGCCGCAGCCAAAGAGAUCUAUUUGCUAGAGGAUCUUGGCGCAUUGGGCUAUACAUCAUUAAACCGCCAAAAAGGCCUGUCUCUGGAGGACGCAAGGAUUAGCGUACACAAAUUGGCACAGUUCCAUGCCGCCUCCAUGAUGCUGCUGCACGAGCAGCCCCAGCUGGUGGCUCAACUGUCGCCCUCACACUAUGCCAAUGGUGUGAGUGAUCCCUUCGCCCAAGUCAUUUGCUUGGAUGGCGCGGCUUAUGCGGCAGAUGUGGUGGCUGAGAUGCCGGGCAUGGCGCCAAUAGCGGAUAAAAUGCGGGCUCAGCUGUCGGGCGAUUACUCCGAGCGCUUACGUGCCACGGUCAGUGCCAAAAACACAGCUUUCCCAGUCAUUGCCCAUGGGGACCUGUGGCUAAAUAAUAUAAUGAUCAAUGCCGAACAGAAAAAGGCAAUUAUUGUGGAUUUCCAGAACUGUUUUGUUGGCAGUCCGGCUAUCGAUCUACAAUUCUUUUGCUAUACCAGCCUGCAGUUGGACGUGCUACUGCAUCACCGCGACCAGUUGCUGCAGCAUUAUAACGAAAGUCUCUGCCAGACACUAACUGCCCUGAAUUAUCCUGGAAGCAAGCCAAGCUAUGCCCAACUGCUUGAUGAAAUGGAACGUUGUCUCUUCUACGGCUACUAUGGCGUCGUCUGCGAGCUGCCCAUCUGCUGUGUCUCUAAGGAUGCCGCUGAGGAUUUCACUGUGCACACUUUCAUAGACGCCGAGGCCAUAAGGGCGAAGCGUCAACAGCUCUUUGCCAACGAACGUGUGCUGCAGACUUUGAAAGCCACCUUGGGUCACUUUGAGCAACAGGGCAUACUAAAUGCGUUAUAAAAGGCAGACAACUUCACUACUCUUUUUUGUUUCACCGAAAGUAUUUAGAGAGUGGUACGUGAUUCACUCUAAAUAGAAAGUUUUUGAAAAUGUUAGAUGUCCUAAGUUAGAGUUUUUUAUUUAAUUCUCGAACUGUAUCAAUGUCUGAGUCGAUAUAGUCAUGUCUGUUUGUUGCCCGUCUCUAUUUUUCUCUUUCACAUAUGAUGGGGUCAAAGGGGUCGUAACACUAUAUCAUAUAUCAUAGAUACGAUCGUUGAAAAGUUGAUUUCUUAUGCUAUAUGUGCGAAAUCCCUCCACGGAGAAUACAUUUUGCAUUUGCCAGCAAAACCUAAUCUUAUCUAAAAUAUUAAAAGUGAUUAUAUACAUAUCUGUUGGUUAAAAUAGACCUGUAAAUUGAGUUAUAAACGUUUUCUUCGCUUACA